AUUUUUUUUAAAAUUGCAGCAGCAGAGUGGUUACUCUUUAUUUUGGAGCUGCUAGUAACUUUUUCCACUCCCUAUUUCUCUGGCUCGCCUUUAGCAUUAUCCACAGCAGCAUACUUUCCCAUGUUUUUUUUUCUUUUUUUUUUUUUUCUUUUGCAACCCACUUGUGACGUGUGAGCGGAGUUCCUGCUCUUGUUUCAUGCGGCACAGUUUGGAGAGAGAGCGGGGGGUGAAAGGGCUUUUGGAGAGGCAGACGUAUAUCUGAACGUUUUGAAGGGAAGGUGAAUUGAAAGUUUCAACGAGGGACCUUUGCCUUGAUCGCUUUCUAUCCUCAUGUGCAGGGGAGGUCGAUCGGCAGAAGGACGGCGGACGUGCGGAAAGGCUGAGAGAAAGUGAAAAGAGGACUGACGAGGGGAGACAGAAGACAUUAAACUGCCUCGCUCUGUUGCCCUUGGGUAACGCUGAAUGAGUGGUUACAGUUGACGGGUCCGCUUCACACGAGAGGUGGAGCUCCAGCCCAGCGGGGGAACCAGCACUUCAUCCUUUGUCAAGCAAAUAACAGGACAGGAUGAGGUACCAAGGCAGGGAGGUGGACAUUGAAGGAAGGGUUCGCUUGGUGAUGGAGAGCACCCUAACGGCCCGUGACAGGGUUGGAGUCCAGGACUUUGUCCUACUGGAGAACCACAACAGCGAGGCGGCCUUUAUAGAGAACCUGCGACGGCGCUUCAGAGAAAACCUCAUCUAUACUUACAUCGGCUCAGUGCUGGUGUCCGUAAACCCCUACAAAGAGCUCGAGAUUUACUCCAAGCCGCAGAUGGAACGCUACAAAGGAGUCAGCUUUUAUGAAAUAUCUCCUCACAUUUAUGCAGUGUCAGACAACACUUACCGGGCCAUGCGGACCACAUGGAAGGAUCAGUGUAUUCUCAUAUCAGGUGAGAGCGGUUCAGGUAAAACAGAAGCCUCGAAGAAGAUCCUCCUCUACUAUGCCGUCACCUGCCCCACGAAUCAUCACAUGACCACCCUCGGAGACCGCCUGCUCCAGUCCAAUCCUAUUCUGGAGGCAUUCGGUAACGCCAAGACACUAAAGAAUGACAACUCCAGUCGGUUCGGAAAAUAUAUGGAUGUGCAGUUUAACUUCAAGGGGAUGCCAGUGGGUGGCCACAUCCUCAAUUACCUUUUAGAGGAAUCCCGUGUAGUCCACCAGAACCACGGAGAAAGAAACUUCCACAUCUUCUAUCAGCUUCUGGAUGGUGGGAGCAGUGAGCUUCUCCAGAUGCUGGACCUUGAAAGAAACCCUCAGAACUACCAGUAUCUGGUUAAGGGAAGCUGUUCCAAAGUCAGCUCCAUGAGUGACAAGAAUAAUUGGAAGGUUUUGAUGAAUGCCCUUUCUGUGCUUGGCUUCACUGAGGAAGACCUGCAGAAUUUGUUGAAUAUCACUGCCAGCGUUCUCCAUCUGGGAAACAUUCAGUUUGGAGAAGGCGAGGAAGGUGAAACGCACAUUACCACUGAGAUGCCGAUAGCAAAUGUGGCGAAGCUGCUGGGUCUUCAAGCCUCAUCCCUCAGCGAGGCUCUUACUCACAGAAAAUUCACAGCCAAGGGGGAGGAGAUGAUCAUCCCGAUCAACUUUGAGCAAGCAAUAUCUGCCCGAGACGCCUUAGCUAAAGCUGUCUACGGUCGGGCCUUCACUUGGUUGGUGGAUAAGAUCAAUCAGUCUCUUGCUCUGAAGGAUGACAUGGACCAUAGCAAUAAAGCCUUCCCAGUGAUCGGGCUUUUGGACAUCUAUGGCUUUGAGGUCCUACAGCGCAACAGUUUUGAGCAGUUCUGCAUCAACUACUGCAGCGAGAAGCUCCAGCAGCUCUUUAUUGAGCUCACGCUCGGAUCCGAGCAAGAGGAGUACACAACAGAGGGAAUUGCCUGGGAGAUGGUGCCGUACUUUGACAACAAAAUCAUCUGUGACUUGAUCGAGGCGAGGCACAAGGGCAUCAUUGCCAUUCUGGAUGAGGAGUGCCUGAGACCCGGAGAGACAAGUGAUGCCUCAUUCUUAGAGAAACUGGAGGACACGCUUGGCGGCCAUCCCCAUUUUGUCACUCACAAGCUGGCAAAUGGCAAAACUCGGAAGGUAAUGAGUAGAGAGGAGUUUCGGCUGCUGCACUACGCUGGGGAGGUCAACUACAACGUUGAUGGUUUCCUUGAGAAGAACAAUGACUCACUGAACAGGACUCUGAAAGAGAUCAUGUGCCAGUCAGACAACGAGAUCAUAAGUCAGUGUUUCUCCAGAGAGGAAGUGACGGACCAGAAACGCCCACAGAUGGCUGCCACUCACUUUAAAAAUAGCCUAUCGAGACUAAUGGAUAUCCUCAUGACGAAGGAACCGUCAUACGUACGCUGUAUCAAACCGAAUGAUACCAAGCAGCCAGGUCACUUUGACGAAGUUCUGGUCAGACACCAGGUCAGGUAUUUAGGCCUGAUGGAGAAUCUUAGAGUCAGGAGAGCUGGCUUUGCCUAUAGACGCAGCUUUGAAGCCUUCCUGCAGAGGUACAAACCGCUGUGUCCGGAGACGUGGCCUAACUGGUAUGGCAGACUCCACGAUGGUGUGGCCACACUGGUCAACCACCUCGGCUACCAAGAAGAGGAGUACAAACUUGGCAGGUCCAAAAUAUUCAUCCGUUUCCCCAAAACUCUCUUUCUGACUGAAGAUGCGCUUCAAGCCAAAAAGCCCGAGAUAGCUUUGACGCUGCAGACAUCCUGGCGAGGCUACAGGGAGAGAGCCAAAUACAAACGUAUCAGACACGCAAUCAUAGUGAUCCAGUCCGCAUGGCGAGGGAUGAAAGGACGCCGGAGGGCAAAGAGGCGUCGACUGGCUGCGGAGUUGAUUCGCAGGUUCAUAAAAGGCUUUAUCUACCGUCAUGAGGACUACUGUCCCGACAAUGACUAUUUCUUGGAUCACGUGCGUUAUUCCUUCCUUAUGAAGCUGAGCAAAAAUCUGCCCACAAGCGUUUUGGACAAAAGCUGGCUGGCAUCUCCUCCCUCUGUCACUGAGGCCUCAGAAUACCUUCGCGCACUGCACAUGCGCAACAUGGUCAUGAAGUACUGCAUGAGGAUCCAGCCUGAAUGGAAGAAUCAAAUGACGCAGAAGGUUGUUGCCAGUGAGAUCUUCAAGGAUCAGAAAGACAGCUACCCUCAGAGCGUUGGCAGGCUGUUUUUGGACACCAGGAUCGAUCGUGAGCAGAUCAAUCUCAAAGUUCUCCAGACUCUCGGCAGUGACAAAGUGCAGUACGGCGUCCCCGUGACAAAAUAUGACAGGAGGGGGUUCAAGCCACGCUCGCGUCAGCUCCUCCUUUCCAACACCUUCGCCGUACUGGUGGACAAGACCAAGAUCAAGCAGAGGAUCGACUAUGCGGCACUUGGAGGUAUCUCUGUGAGCUCUCUCAACGAUGGAAUGGUUGUUCUGCACCUGCCCAGUGAGGACAACAAGCAAAAAGGUGAUGUGCUGCUGCACUGCAACCACGUGAUUGAACUAGUGACAAAAUUAGCCCUGAUGGCCCGCAUGUUAAACCACGUCAACAUCAAGCCCGGCAGCGUGAGCUUUGCGGGGGCACGAGGCAAUGAGGGCAUCAUCGAUUUCGUCAGGGGCUCCGAGUUCAAGGUGGCUAAAGGCAAAAGAGGACACCUGCUAGUGACUGCUCCUCGAAUCAACACCACAUGAAGAAGCGCGAAACCAGAAAAAUGCUAUCGCUAACACUUGGCUAACAGGAGGAUUAACACUCACUGCUCUUCAUGCGCUUGAAGCACACCGAAUAUAUAUUCAAAAUCCCUCAUUCAAUCAUACUGCCAUUCCUCUUAUAGUGGCCCACUGCGUUUAUUUCCUGAGAAACCAAUGGGUAUCGUCCCAAGCUUCUUUUAGCCAUUAAUGCUAACAAAAAUAAUGCAUAAUGUUAUUAAUAAUUAAUCAUUUUCCACCAAAAAUUGUUCCAACAUUUGCCUCACAGUUCUGAGAUUCUGGCUUUAGAUCUUGGCCUGCAGCGUCCAUGUUUGGCGUAUGAUCUCCCUCUGUACUCGGGCUUCCUCUUACAUUCCAAAAAACAUGCAAAUUUAGUUCGCCAAGGACUUGAAAGUGUUCACAAUUGUGAUUGUGAAUGGUCAAAUGUGACGUGAGGGAUGGCUGGCAAGCAGUCCGGCAUGUGCCUCAUCUCUUGUUCAUACUCAGGUGGGAUUGGCUGCAUCUCAUCUACACACCGAAAGAAGACAACCGCUAUCGAUACACAGAAAUAUAAUAGUAAUAUAUUCUCAAUCUCUAUUGCUUUCUUUUCCUUUGCGCUUGUUUGCCGGCAUGGACAAAUGCACUUUAUAGCUUUCGCUCCAACUUCUCGUCAAUUUUUCUUUCUCACCACUCCAAUGAGGGAUGACUGGGGUGUUGCAGAUGUUCGGGUGAAUGAUGCACCAUGUGAUUCAUUGAAGUACAGUGACUUUCAAGAACGGAGGCCACUAUUUGAGGAAAUACGCUAUGCAAAAUUGUCUUGAAAAAUAAUAUCCGGUAAUGAUCGAUGACAUCGAAACAUGAAGUCCUCACAUUUCAUCUUUUUAUUGAAAGCCAUAUAUAAAUAAAUAUUAUACUUUAAAUAUCAAAUGUCAUGUAAA